AUGAGGACUCCUGUUUGCGUCCCAGAACACACGGACAAUGUUGGGUGUAGUGGCAAAAGUUUUCGAAUGCCUGAUGCUGGGCAUGCAGAGACAUGGACUUGGUGCCCUGGACUUGGUGGGGAGCCUCCCCAGCAGAUUAUAAAAGGCAUCAUAUGUAAUAAGAGCCAGUAUUUCUAUGAGGAAGACAAUUUAAGAGUUCAAACAGGGGACGCUGCGGGAGCCGCGGGUUACUGUGCAGACACCGCCAAGUCUAAGAACCACACCACACACAACCAGCCCCGCAAAUGGCACAGAAAUGGCAUCAAGAAACCCCGGUCACAAAGAUACGAAUCUCUUAAGGGGGUGGACCCCAAAUUCUUGAGGAACAUGCGCUUUGCCAAGAAGCACAACAAGAAAGGCCUGAAGAAGAUGCAAGCAAACAACGCAAAGGCAAUGAGUGCGCGAGCAGAGGCCAUCAAGGCCCUUGUGAAGCCUGCAGCUGUUAAACCCAAGAUGCCAAAGGCCCCCAGCCGCAAACUCAGCCGCCUGGCUUUCAUCGCUCACCCCAAGCUUGGGAAGAAGAUUCGAAGCUACAUGGCUAAGGGUCGUAGGCUCUGCAAAUCAAAGCCCAAGGUUCAAACCAAGGCAGAAGCCACAGCUCCAGCUAAGGGCAAGGCUCCAGCUCCAGUUCCAGCUCAGGCUCCCAAAGGUGCCCAGGCCCCUGUGAAGGCCCCAUAGGAAAUGGUUCCACUAAUGUGAAGACAGACGGACUGGUGUGACACACCUACCUACACACUAUUUACAGAUGACCAGUGUCCUAUGCUGUUUUUACAAAUAAACCUGAGGCAAGAUCUGUUAAAAAAAAAAAAAA